CAGAGUAUUGAGUGGGGAUUUGGAUUGAGAUUGGGAUGCACGUGAUCCAGGAUGUCGGCAGACCGCAGCAAACGCCCAGGCUCCGCUGGAGCGAGAGGUAGCAUCUCCAACAGUCUGUCCGGCGGAGUAUCCGUUAGUCGAAGUGAAAGCCAAGAGGCUAACACUGCAGCAGCUGCAAAUCGAUGCCGCAGUCGCGUGCUCGGUCGCUGGGAAUCACUAAAACAACAAGCCGAGGAGAGGCGAGCUCUGCUGCAAGAGUCAUAUCAGUUCCAGGUGUUCAAACGAGAUGAGAAAGACGUAAUGUCGUGGAUAGACGACAAGAUGUCGUUUGCGACGGAUGAGGCUUAUCGAGAUCCAACGAAUUUGCAGGCGAAGUUGCAAAAACAACAAGCGUUCGAAGCAGAAAUAGCCGCAAAACAGUCGGAAUACAAUAAAAUAAUGGUGAUGGGCAAGAAAUUGGUCAACUAUAAUCAUUACAGAGCUGAAGAAAUCGAGCAGUCGCUUGAUGAUUUCGCUCUGGCUUGGAAACAACUACAAGAAACGACGGCUCAAAGAGGACGUAAGCUGGAAGAAGCGCUGCAACUGUCCAAUUCACUGCAAAAGUUUGUUGGUAACUUCCGUGAUGUGAUGUCAUGGAUGAAAGAUGUUUUGGACCAUUUGGCAUCGGCAGAGUUAGCUAAAGAUCUUCCAGGGGCCGAAGAUUCACUCAAGAUUCACCAAGAUCGAAAAAGCGAGAUCCAAGCCCGAGAAAAUGCAAUAAAGCAAGUUUUAGAAUUUGGACAGAAUCUGGUAUCUACAGGACAUUAUGCAAAAGAUGAUAUAGUAAGAGACUUAAAAGCUCUGGAAGAAGCAAAGAAUGAGAUGGAUAGUAUGUGGGAAACAAAGCAGACAGAAUUCCAUCAAUGCUUUGAACUGCAGUGGUUUGAGCGGGAUGUGAGAGUAGCAGAAAAAUGGACUGCAGCCAGAGAAACCUUUUUGGCAGCAUCAGAAGAAGAUUUGGGUGACUCACUGGACAGUGUAGAAGCACUGCAGAAGAAACAUGACAGCUUUGAGAAGUCACUGGCUGCACAAGAGGAGAACAUAAGGGAACUGAUUGAUUUCACCAAAAAGCUAGUUGCAGAAGGACAUUAUGCGAACACUGAAAUUCAAUCUCUGUGUGACUCUGUGAUUGAAAAUCGAGAGGACUUGAAAGGAAGAGCUGCUGAACGUCGCUCAAUGCUAGAACAAUCACAUGAAAAGCAAUGCUUCAAUAGAGACAUAAAUGAAGCCGAAGCGUGGAUUGGUGAACAGAUGUUAAUAGCCUCCGAUGACACGUACAGAAACCCAACCAAUUUACAAGGCAAAAUUCAAAAGCAGCAUGCCUUUGAAGCUGAGAUUGCUGCCAAUCGUUCUCAAGUAGACAACGUCGCCCAAACAGCUCUCCGAUUAAAUGAUUCUGGACAUUUUGCAGCCAAGGAAAUCACUGAGCGUGUUGCAGAACUCUCAGAAUUAUGGGAUUCUCUUUGCGAGGCAGCUAGAGUAAAGACAGAGAGAUUGAAUGAAGCUUGGAAAGCCCAGCAGUUGAACAGAGCUAUUGAAGACGUAAUGGUUUGGAUUGACACGACAGCAUCUUCACUAGCCUCAGAAGAACAGGGUAAAGACUUGGGAAGUGUAAAUGUCCUAAUAAAGCGGCACCACCUGAUUGAACAUAGUGUUUCCACUUAUCGUGAGCGUGUAGAAGCACUAAGGAAAGAAGGCCACCUGCUUGCUGAACAGGGUCAUUUCAAUGCAGAGGAGAUUAAUCAGAUGUGCCAAACUCUUGUUGAAAGAUAUGAGGAGUUGGCUAAACCGGCUGCCAAUCGUCACCAGCUACUAAGAUCAUCACUGCAGCUACACCAAUACCUUAGAGAGAUUGAUGAUUUAGAGAUAUGGGUUGUAGAGAGAGAGCCAUUGGCUGCAUCUACAGAAUAUGGCACAGAUUUGACUGGGGCUCAAAGUCUUCACAAGAAGCACCAAACAUUCACAGCUGAACUGGCAGCAUUUCAGCAACGUAUUUCUAAUUUGGGAAGUACAGCUCGGAGCUUAUAUGAGGAUGGCCACACAUCCAGUGAUCUCAUCAUGGACAAGUGGCAGGUGUUGGAGCAAAGGUGGAACCAAUUGAAGAUUCUGUCACAGACAAGAGCACAGAAACUUGAGCAGUCCUUGCAGUCACAAAGUUAUUAUGCUGAUGCAACAGAAGCAGAUUCGUGGCUUAAUGACAAACAAGCAUUAAUUCAGAGUGGAGACCUGGGAAAGGAUGAAGAGUCAACCCAGAACUUCAUCAAACGGCUUGCAUCAAUAGAAACAGCAUUUGAUAUCUUUGAAAGAGAUUCUCUAGCCCAAUUACAAAGCCAGUCUACUGGAAUGAUUUCAAAGGCUCACUUUGAUGCAGGAACCAUGUCCAAGAGACAACAAGCAUUGGAAGACAAAACUAGUCAUAUCCGUCAACUGAUGAAGACAAAACGACAAGAACUAGACUUUCGGUUGCAACUUCAUCAUUUUACUCGAGAAGCUGAUACGGUUGAAGCAUGGAUUGCAGAACAAAUGGCAUCUGCUGGCUUAGAAGAUCUUGGAAACAACGUUGAACACUGUCAGAGACUAAAGGAAAAGUUUGACGCGUUUGCACAAACCUUGGUGGCAGGAGAAGAGAGAGUCAAAUCAUUGAUUAAGGCAGGUGAUAAGCUGCUUGACAUGAAGACUGAAACAACAGGAAAAGAAAGUCAUUUGAGUCCACAUGGAGCAAGUGAGGAGGCAGCAGAACUGAUCGAGACACGUCAACAGCAACUGGCAGAUAAUUGGAAUGAACUGCAAUCACUUGUCAAUGAAAGAUCAGAACAGCUAGAGGAAGCGUUGCAGAUUCACUUGUUCAAUCGAAUGUAUGAUGAAGUGACAAGCAGGAUAGCAGAAAAGGAGAAACUAAUUAGAAGUGAUGAUGUUGGAGAAGAUGUAGCCAGUGCCGAAUCUCUUCAAAGGCAGCAUGAAGGGUUUGAACGCGACCUUGCAGCUCUGGAAGGACGAGUCAAGGAUAUUCGCCACUCUGCACACACACUGGCUGAGUCAUUUGAUGAAAAUGCCGACGGAAUAGCUGAACAAGAAGCAGAGAUUGUCAGUGCAUGGGAACACCUGAAAGAAAAGUGUAGUUCUCGCAAGGAACAACUGCAGCAAUCACUACAACUUCAACACUUUCUAGGCGAUACGAGACACUUGAUUUCCUGGAUGAGAAAUGUCCACUCGCUUGUGGGUAGUAGUGAGCCAAUCAAAGACGUUUCCAGUGCUGAAGCUGCACUAAAACUUCACCACGAUCAUAAAGCAGAGAUUGAUGCUCGCAGCAGUCGAUUUAGAGGAGUUGUUUCAUUCGGUCAAAGCCUUAUUGAUUCUGGCCAUCCAUCAGCUAAUCAAAUCACAGAAAAAUUGGAAGCUAUUGAAAAAGAAAAGAGAGACCUACAGUUAUUCUGGGAAGAAAGGAAGAAUAUUCUCCAGUGGACAUUAGACCUUGAGCAGUUUGAACGUGAUGCCAACAUUGCCGAUGGCUGGAUGAUGUCGUGUGAGGCUCUCUUAGCUACAGAAGACAUUGGAGAAAACAUGGAAAAUAUCGAUGAUCUGAUGCAACAGCACAAUGACUUUGAGAAAGCAUUAGUAGCACAAGAAGAUAAAAUGAAAACACUAGAUGAGCAUGCUGACAAACUCAUUGAUGGUCAAAUGGGAUGGGUGAACUGACGCUAGACAAUAGUAAAUUAAACAUAUCUCUUUUUAUCAAUUCAAUCAAUACAUUGCGUUCAUAUGGCAGAAACCUAGUCAAUAGUGU